AUGAAAUCAAACAAUAAGAAUACAUCUACUGCUACUACAAGUAAAAGUAGUUACAGUACUUUUUCAGUUAUCAAGCCAACAGCAUCUACGUCAUCAAAUUCAUCUUCGCCACCGUUAAGACACACAAACAAAAGUGCAAUCACUGCGCCCACUGUCACCGCCACAACAACCUCUUCAACUACUGACAAUGCUAAGCCCUAUCCCUGUCCUGAAUGUCAUCAAACUUUCAGUCGACCGCAUAAUUUGAAAUCUCACCUUACGACGCAUUCUUCUGAGAGACCAUUUCAGUGCGACGUCUGUAAUCAUCAUUUUAGGAGACAUCAUGAUCUUAAACGCCACCAAAAAUUGCAUACAGGGGAAAGGCCAUAUGUUUGCAAAGACUGUUACCGCUCUUUUGCUAGAUUAGAUGCACUAAAUCGUCAUCGUCGUGCAGAUGGUGGCACAGCUUGCAGUGCCGUGCACCACCAGCAAAUCAAUAAACAACAACAGCAACGUCCCGCCCUUGUUACUUCUGGAAGUACUAGCACUUCUUCUAUAAAAUCAAUUGUCAGCAAGGGCUCUGCUAAAACAACUGCCAAUGUUACUACUACUCCUGCUUCAGCAGCCGGCAACACAAGCGACAAUACUUCUCCGAGUUCCACGAAUUAUAGUCGACCAGUUAUCCCUCAAUUACAUAUUCCUCAUCCAGCCUCACACCUCCAUCCGAAAGACUACCAUCCCUCCCCAGUCGCUCCUCCCACGUCACAAAUGAGUUCGAAUACUGCUACAAACAAUUAUAAAUUACAACAAGAAAAUGAAGCAUUAAAACGAGAUUUAGAUCAAAUUAGAGCAAUGGCACAGAGGGAUAUAAAUUCAAUGAAAGCACGAAUGCAUGAUUUGGAAGUCGAGAAUAAAGUACUACGGUCCUUGAUUCAGAAUUCUUCACCACAACAGCAACAACAAGAGCAAGUAGUAGAAGAUGCUAAAAUGGACAUGGAUGGUGACCGGCCAAGCAAUAGCAGUCGUUACGCUCAUAGCCGCACGGCCAGUCAAGCAAGUAGCAUUCAUCCAAGUGAAGCAUCAGAGGCAACUGUUCCCGCUUCAACAGGAGCAGACCCACACAUGAAAACAGAGUUCAUGUAG